AUGAUUAACAUCUCUCAAAAGUCUAAAAGUAGAAGACCAAAGUUUUUGCUCAGGUUUUCUAUCAACCAACUCACUAACAUUCCACAAUCGGCUGGAUACUGCUAUUGUAAAUGGCAUUUAAAAGAUGGAACAGGGACGUCCACUUCUAAGAUCGAGCAAGAAGGGCAGCAGAUUGAUACGAACCACCAGAGCAAAGGUGUCACAGAGCGAAUUUUUGUAAAGAAUCAUAGGGCGGUGUGGAACUACAAAGUUGACCCUCCAAUAAAGGUUAAACUGCAUGUGGAUAAAUACAAGAGCCUUUCGAAGAAAAUACUUAUCGUUGAAGUGUAUUUCGAAUUUCUAGAGGAUGUUACAAAGAACGAACAAAGUAAUGGCAAGCUGAACCAUCAUAGCCAUACCUAUACUCAAAAGGUUACAGGUAAAAUUUUAUUAGGAAAUGUGACGAUUGAUGUAACACAUUUUAUUGACCAGAAUGGGACGGAAUUUCAUGACAGGUUUUUACUUCAGAAAUCAAAAGUUAACUCUAUUUUAAGCAUGUCAAUCAAGAUGCAGUUAAUUAGGGGGAAAUUCGAAGACUUUAGACUAACUAACGGCGAACAACUGUUGCAAAAAAACAAACUGGAACUAUCUAAUUAUAUGGAAAACUAUUCAGAUACGUCUUCUAACCCAACGACGCCAAUAUCAUCACUCCAUCCACCAGAAAGUUCCGACUCCAAAUUAUCCGGCGGAGUUCGCAAAACCUCGCAUUUAUCACAUCCAAAAACUAUACAUAUGCAUGGAGAAACGUUGGCCUCCUUGACAAUAUCAAACCAGCUAGUUGAAAAAUUGUACCAAAAGACCUUCAAAUUCCCGUGGGACCCACGUCCCGGCGAAUAUACACCACAAGAAUGCGUCGAAGAUAUUCUGGAAGGUGGUAAUGGUUGGGCGAAAAACGAAAAAGGCAUUAAUUUAAUCGAUUUAGAGGCCUUACAAAUAACUGACCUAGGCAAUGAUGACUAUUUGUUAGCUUCUCUUCUAGAUCAACAAGGAAUUCAUUAUACGCCGAACAAUUCAAACCUAAAUUGGGAUAUUCUAGCAUCUAAAUGGGGCAAGUCAGGCUAUACAAAAUCGAGAGGAGAAUACCUAAAAGCUAACAUACAGAAUCAUUAUUAUACUGGGAAAAAGCAAAAUAUUGAUGAUCUUGCUGCAGAGAAGCUCAAGGAUUCUAAGAGUUGGAAAGUCAGUUACAAUCCUUCUAAAGACGCAUCAUUGAAUAAUUCAAAAUUGCAACUUCUCCAUUCACAGCAUCAUAAUUUCCACUUUGACCACUUUUUUGAACAUGAGGGCGAAUCUCACAGCUCAAAUGCGCAUUCCCUUGAAAAUAUAAUUGGCCACAGGAAAUCAGAGAGUCAGUAG